AUGUUCUACAGCCACGAAAUCCUGACGAAUCGUCAGUACGGUGUUGCGACCAUUUGGCUCGUGGCAACCCUCGGCUCCAAGUCCAACCUGAAGAAGAUAUCUCGUCGGGCGAUCCUUGACGUUGACCUCCAAAAGGCAUGCAGGACCAUCACGGAGCCCGAGCUGCCCUUAGCAUUGAGGUUGCAGGGCAGCCUGCUAUUUGGAGUCUCCCGCGUGUUCCAGCAGCAAUGCGGCUAUGUAUUGACGGACGCCACGAGCUUGAGAGACAAGAUGAGGAACACGGAGCGUGUCUUCAAAGAGAUGGAGUUGGAUCCUGAGGUGGGAAAGACAAGACCAGAACAACUUAACCUCCCAGAAGACCCCUAUUUCAUUCCGGAUCUUGACAUCCACUUCGACCUCUCUGUCUUUGGUUUCGCAUCGGACGGCUCUAGCUCCUCCACAAGCCCCUCGUCCUUUCUCACACUACCUUCGAGCCAGACAAGUCGCCCUCCUCACGAUGAAGCAGGUGAUUCAGGGUUGGAGAUGCCGUCUUUUGAUACGCCUGCCGGGGCCCCCGGUGGCUUCGACGUGCCCUUGGCUGGAGGGACGAGCUCCGCCGUGAAAACUGGCAGCAAAGUCGACCCUUACUCUGUCUUUGAAGAGGAGCCUGCCAUCAUGGACGAUCCACUCUUUGACGUCGACGAGGAUGGUUUCCUUCACCCAGCCAUCUCGAGGAGUCCUCUGGGCCUUCAGCAACCAUCUGACGCAGGGCAACUACAGCAAAGCGAGGCCCAGGCUAAUGAUCAGCCCAGCAGCGUGCAUCUACCAAGCGCAAGAGACGAUGAACCAAUGCCAAAUUUCGACGAGAUGGACAAUCUUGUAGACGAAGAACCAACCCUCCCACCUCCAGCUCCUCAAGUUCCGUUGACCCCGGAACCUGCAGAUGAGGAAGUCCGCCAAGGGACACAAGCAACAUCUUCUGUCCAGCCAUCCGAGGAGAGCUCAGAGACAGCAGAGGCACCUGAGCGUCGCGCACGCACCGUGAAGGCGAUCCUGCCGGAUCGACAGACAGAGCUGAGUAAUCGAGAUCUGAACGAGUGGAACCAAAACUACCUUGCCAAUAUGGCAGUCGCUUCGCGCACCAGACGGAGCCAGCUAGCACACUUCGAAGCCAAGAAGAAUGCCGAAUUCUGGAUCAUACAACAAGGACUGGGGAAUGUCGCAUCUUGCUUUGGAAACGACAGAGUCCCACACCCGUUCAACGUGUUCAGUGGCCAGUCGCUGUGGGACAUGUUGGGUGGAGGACUGAAUUAUGGAAAGAAAAGAUCACGAAGUAGUUCCCUGGCGGAUGACGAGCGAGAGGAAGACAGACGGGUAAGAGCCAGAACAACAUCCGAAGGUGGAGUCGCUCGAGGAGGAGAGGGCGAGAGACUUCCCCAUGCUGAUGACGGCGGAUUGUUAUUUCAAGGCGAUGACUUUGAUGUUGAAGUUGAGGUUGGUCGGCGAGGUCCUCCAUCCUUGCCUGACCAAUGGUCCGGCAUGCCAUGGAACAUCUCUGGAUCUCGUCAGAGCUCCGCACAACCUCUGGGAAGCGGCCCUAUCUCGAGGCUGAGUUCAAGCAUCGGUGGGCUUUAUGGUGGAAUGGAGUUGGGGCCACCUUCUGCUCUAAGUAGACGAGGGUUGCGUCUUACCUCUGCCAGUCCACUUCUCGGGAGAGGACUGGCCUCGCUGUCCAGACAGAGCAGCCGGGGACCUCUCGACACUUCAGGACUCGCGAGCAAUGAUGACGACUUCGCGGAUCUAGAUGCGCAGCUAGGGGCAGACAUCGAUCCGGAUUUCGAACUGUACGGACCUUCUGUGACCGUGGACACGCAAACGGCUGUACAAUCUCAAUGGAUCGCUGCAACUCUGGAGAAGGAAGCGUACAAUUUCCUUUCCUUCGUCCAUACGAAGAUCCAAGAGAAAGCAGAACAGCAAGAUGUGAUUGAAGAGGAAGGUAGUGCAAGAGAAGCGGGAAAGAUUACAUUGGACGAGCUCCUUCCACCGACCCAAAACUCACAGAUUGUGGGCGCGCAAGCUCUCCUUCACGUCCUUGCUUUGACCACGAAGGGUUUGCUCAAGGUCUACCAGGCCAAGGGAUUUGCUGCUAUUGAAGUCUCGGUCGUCAUUGAAGGGAAUCGAGCGGGCUGAUCCAGAGUACGGUCGAAAUAAUGUUGUGUCUGAAGAUUGAGGGUCAGGCGGAGCUGUCCGGGACCUGUUCGUUGACAUUGUGGUGUACGCAAUCUCUGUAAGAGUACGUGGAAAGAGCAUCAGGGUUCGGGUAUCAGAUGACGAGCGACCGAAAUUUCGACAGGAUCUAGGGCCUGCGAAACCAAUUCGGCUGGGGAGCAUCGUGCGAGGAUGUCUGCAACCGGGAAAUCAUGAGCCGAGUUAAGGGAUGGUCAUGCGCUCGCCAGACGGGGUUCAGCCUUGCUUCUCCUCGGAUAGGAGCAGCUUGAAGCCGUCAGGGAUGCAAGGAUCAUCGCCUGAGGAGUGCGAGCACCAAACCACCGCCGUUUGAUCACCAUCAAAAUUUCAGUAAGG